UAAUGUCUAACUCUGGAGCUCCCCUUGGAGGGACCUCGGAGGGUUGAGUGUUUUAGCUGCUUUGCCGCUUCUGCGGGGUAUCUGCAGUGCUCAGAGUGGCCCCAAAUUGAGAAAUCUGCGGUGUUUUUGGAAGAGGUUGGAAGUGGAGCCUUAUCCUGCAGACCAUGUCAAAACUUCCUUCUGUGACCCAGGGCCUGGUUAGCUGGAGGACAGUGCCCGUGAUCUUAGAGCAGGGGUCUGCCCUGGGCCAGCUUCUGAGAGCUGCGAUGUUCGCCCAGGCCUCCAGGAUCAUGUGGUACAUCAGCACUAGGGGGAUGACCCCACGGGUCGACUUUGAGGGGGCCCUCUUCUCUGGCUAUGCACCUGAUGGGGGCCUCUUCAUGCCUGAAGAGCUCCCGCAGCUGGAUGGAGAGACCCUUCGCCAGUGGAGCACGCUCUCCUAUCCAGGGCUGGUGAAGGAGCUGUGCACCCUCUUUAUUGGCCCUGAGCUCAUUCCAAGAGACGACUUAAAUGAUCUGAUCCACCGGGCCUUUAGCAGAUUCCGCCAUAGAGAGGUGGUGCAUCUGUCCAGGUUGCGGGACGGGCUGAACGUGCUGGAGCUGUGGCAUGGGGCGACAUAUGCGUUUAAGGACCUGUCCCUGUGCUGCACAGCACAGUUCCUGCAGUACUUUCUAGAGAAAAGGGGGAAGCAUGUCACCGUGGUGGUAGGAACUUCUGGGGACACAGGGAGUGCUGCCAUUGAGAGUGUUCAGGGGGCCAAGAAUGUGGACAUUAUUGUUCUGCUGCCCAAGGGUCACUGUUCAAGGAUCCAGGAGCUGCAGAUGACAACGGUGCUGAGGGAGAAUGUCCAUGUGUUUGGAGUGGAGGGAAACAGCGAUGAGCUUGAUGAGCCAAUCAAGGCUGUGUUUGCUGACACUGCUUUCGUCAGGAAGCACAAUCUGAUGAGCCUGAAUUCAAUCAACUGGUCCCGGGUCCUUGUGCAAAUGGCCCACUACUUCUACGCUUACUUCCAGUGUGCACCUUCCAUGGACACACACCCGCUGCCCGCUGUGGAGGUGGUUGUACCAACGGGGGCUGCUGGUAACCUUGCAGCUGGGUGCAUUGCUCAGAAGAUGGGGCUGCCCCUCCGCCUGGUUGCGGCAGUGAAUUGCAACGACAUCAUCCACAGGACCAUCCAGCAGGGAGACUUCUCUCUGUCCAAGGCUGUCAAAUCAACCUUGGCAUCAGCUAUGGACAUUCAGGUACCCUACAACAUGGAGAGGAUCUUCUGGCUGUUAUCAAACUCUGACUGUCAGGUGACGAGAGCCCUCAUGGAGCAGUUUGAAAGGACCCAAAGUCUGAGUCUCCCCAAGGAACUGCAUAGCAAGCUUUCCGCAGCAGUCACAUCCGAGUCUGUAUCAAAUGAAGCCAUCAUCCAGACCAUGGGCCGCUGCUGGGAGGAGAACCAGUACUUGCUGUGCCCUCACUCGGCCGUGGCUGUGAGCUGCCAUUAUCAGCAGAUGGACGGGCAGCAGCCCAGUGCUCCCCAGUGCUGCCUGGCCCCUGCCUCUGCAGUCAAGUUCCCAGAAGCUGUCCUGGCUGCUGGGCUGACCCUGGAGACUCCUGCAGAGAUCCUGGCCCUGGAGAGCAAGGAGACACGCUGUACCCCCAUGCGGAAGGGUGACGACUGGACAGUGAUGCUUCGGGACACGGUUGAGACCUUAAGCCGUCAGUGGGGGGGUCACUUCCUAAAUGCCUCCCAAUAGCCUGGCUGGAGUUGGAUACCUUAGGCUCCCAACCCCAGGGAUGUAUGCCCGCUGAGCUGCUGGGCACCUUCUCCCUGUUAAGAAUUGGUCUAGGAGAUCCUCGGAGGCUGCUCUGUGCCAUCACCGUGGUAGUAGUGUACCUAGUCACCUGUGGGGAGGGGGGUUGAGGGUGAUGGCUGGAGGUGCACUCACCCCUCCUCCCCCCAAAACCCCAGUGCCAGAGUAUGCUGCGACAUCACUGCUGUUGGUGAAACCUUCCAGCCUGCAAACAAAGAAUCUUGCGCACAGAGUCAACCUCGGCUCUAGGGUUAGGGCUCCAGAUGCUACUAAACCUGUGCAGGUGGGGGCCACACACUCCACUAACACAGGCCUGGGGCUCACGGUCCCUGAGCCUUAGUUUACCUGCUCCCCAAGUCAGAGCCAGAGGUCUUGGUUUGACUGUGAUACUUCCCCUUCCCCCCUAUUAAAAUGUUGGCACUCCCUGGAAUAAAAGUGUGUGUUCAGCGUGAUGGUGACUUCGCACAGCCUGUGGACAGAGACAAGAGGCUGGUGAGUGGCGAUGGUGGUGCCCAGGUGUGAGCCAUAGCCACCAGCAGCUCCCCAUCGCCCCGGGUUGGGGGGCCAACAGAGCAGUUAGCAUAGCGUGUGGCACAGGUGGUGGUCAGAGUUAAGGUUCAGGAUCACGAGAGUUGGGCCGUGUGGGAAAGUGUGGGCCUAAAGGUACACAGCUUAGUCACUCUGUCGCUUAUAUACCUGCUUUGUUAAACCAGGGCUCAUGUUACAGCAGUCAGAAGCUAUGGUCCCUGUUGGCCACUAAAUAAAUUCCAAAUACCCGCAUUUCCGUAAGUACCUCCACAACCACCCUGCUCCAGAGAAGGUAAAUUAUUCUUUCUUGUGAAAUUAUUCUUCUCUUCUGUGCCUCAGACCCUGACAGGCCUCUGGGAGACUGUCCUUGAGGCCACAAGUUCCCAUCCCACGGGCUAUGGAAGUCUUGGUUUCCAUGUCUUGUUUAUUGCAGAGCUGCCACUCUUCAGUCUGACUGGGAAUAAUAAUUUUUGUUUGUGAGCUCUGGCAGAACUUCUUUUUUUUAAAAAAAGAUUUAUUUAUUUAUGCAUACAAGAACUGGGGUACAGACCAGAGGUGUGGGGGGUGAGAGAAUUCACAAGAGACAGAGUGGGGAAUAGAAUAGGCAAAUCUACUAACAUACACUGCUGAGAGGAGUAGCGGGUGAGACAGGAGAGGUCUUCUGCACCAUGUGGGUUGCUCCCUGGCUGGCCAGGGAUGGAACUCAUGCUGCAGUGGCUGCAGACAGCUUCAUAGGUUGCAUCUUAACCCCUUGCGCCACCAGGGAGGCCCUCUGGCAAAACUUCUACUGUAGCUUUGAGGACUGUAUUUCCACCCACCUUGCUGGAUGGUUCUCCAUAUUACAUACUAUCUCUAAGUUUCUUGAAGAUGGGAACCAUUGUUUAGCAUGAUGGGCUGAAACUUUUUUCAUUUGCCCCUAUUGUUUAAAAAUUUUAAAAUAUGUUCUCAAAGAUUUGGAAAAGAGAAUCUAUAUCAUCAUAUGUUGAAAGGAUAUUUUGUUAUGAAAUAGAUUGUUAAGACUUUCUUUUCCUUUUACUCUGACAGUAAAGUUAUGUAUGCAGCUUGCCUUUGUGACUCAUGGUUCUGUGGAUGACAGUUGUCUGGAGCUUACCUUGACCUUGUGUACACAUGGACACACUACAGGUAGUUGCAGAUUUAGUUGCGCUACAGUGUUCAAAUCCUAUGUGGCUUGAGGGGGGUUUGAGACAAACACCAGCGUGGGAAAAGGACCCAGUGGGUGCCUGGACUCCAGACACCUCUCCUGCCCUGAGUUCUGAAGGCCGGGGUCACCCAGGUUGCUCUCUGCCUGCCGUACCCACAGCAGCACAGCUGCCUGUGUGUCUGAGACUCCGUGGCUCUCCUGGGCUGAUGGGGAGACCAGAGGGCACCCUCUUACUAGAAACUUGACAUUGAAGCAUGGCAUUCUGUACAAAGAGGAUAGAAUAGGGAUGCUGGGCCCACAGGAGAAUGGAAAGAGCAUUCCUGAAGGACUGACAAUGUCCCUUAGAGGCUACAGCACUUGACAGCUUCUGAGACGGCACUUCCCCAAUCUUAUACAUGGAGAAAUAUCCAAGCCCCAUUUAUCCGUGAGGCACAAUAGGUCUGAUGCUUAGGGAUCACAUGAAAAAGUUUUAAUUUCAUUUAAAAUCAAGGAAAAAUGAAUGUACUGAGCUUUGUUUAUAUUUAUCUGUAUACCGACACAGUUAAUUGUACACAAUGGGAUUUAAAAUUUUUUAUGAAGGAAGACACUCAGGAAAUCAAAAGUGUGUAGGACCCACAAAGUCAAAAUGGGCCCUGUUAGGAACUACUGUGUGCAGGGAACACAUUAUAAAACUAAUCUACUUUAUUCUGACAACAAGCUCUGAUGUAGGUGCUUCUAUGAUUUGCAUUUUACAGAUAAGGAGACUGAGUUGCUGACAGAUGAGCUAAAUUGUCAGUGUGGCACAGCCUAGGAGCUUGGUUUUAAGUUUGGUGUUUGUUUUUCAUCACACCUGUUGCAAGCUGGUGACCACCACCAUGCUCCACCACCUCUACCCUUCCCCAGGCCUCCAACCUGCUUCUGGACCCUCCUUCCUGGGAGUAUUCAGGUCUGGAUUUAGGAGCAUGGCUGUGCUUCUCCAGGACUCCCACUAAGGGGUGCUGUAACCCUGCUUUUCGGGUCCUGGCUGCCACAGGCAGAAUAAGCUGAGCCAGAGAUACCUAACCCAUGGCUGCCAUGUUUCUGAGGGUCUCAGGGCAGUGUUGGGGGGCAGGGGGCAUGUCACAAAACCCCUGCUCUCUGGAUGUUUCAGAGUCCAUUCUGGCUCUGAGAGGCUGUCACAUUCCUCAGGUGACCCAGUUUAAUGCCAUUGCACACAAUUAAAUAUGAGGCAGCAACUCAGGAUAUUCUGGCCACAAGGAAUCAUGGAGAUGAGUGGAGGAGAAGGUCCAGUGAGACGGCAUCUGCAAAUCCAUGCACCCCUGGAAACACACACAGACAGACACACAGGUGCACACACAUAUGCACAUCUGCAUACACACAUUCUACUUAAUGGCCAAAGCAAGGUUCCUGAAACCAAACAAAGUUAGAAACAUGUUGAAAUUGGCCUUUCUGAAUUAUCUGCUUCCUGGGGGUGUGAUAACAAAUGAAUUUCAUCUCCAUGAGCCUCAGUUUCCUUAUCUACUAAUUAUAAUACUUACCUUGCUGUUUGUUUUUGAGGAUUACAUGAGAUAAUGUAUUUCCAAGUGCUUGGUAAAUGCUAAAAUACCGUACAAAUGGUUCUUGUUAUUACCAGAAUUAUAGUCUGCACCAAACAAUUUAGUACUUUUAAGCUAUCUUGUAUUUUUUACUAAUUGCUUUACGAAUUAGUCUUAUCUUGCUUGUGAGAUUGCCUCUUCUGUGAGGAUAAAGUUCCUUGUGGUCCUGCAGUGCUGGCACGACGUGGGGGGCGGGGCUGGCAUUGCCCCCACCCCAGCCACUAUGCCCAGCAACAGGCUUUUCCAUUUAGGGGCUGAAUGUCAUGGAUUAGACAGUAGGUGCUCUGCUAGCCAGUUUACAAGCAGUGCCAGUCUGUUACGAUUUGAUGAUGAAAUUGUUCCCUUUCCAUUACUAAGGUGCUGAGCCCUUUGUAAAGUACUUUCCAGAUAUUGGCUCAUGUAGUCCUCAAGCCCUCUAUGAGAAAGUGUGAUUUAGAUCUCCAUUUUAAAGAUGAGGAACUGGAGCUCAGAGAGGUCAGGUGACUUGCCUGAGGUCACCCAGCUGGUGGGUUGUGGAGGAGGGAUGUGAGACUUGGUGCAGCUGUGAACUUAACCUCCACGACCUAGAAAGUGUGAUUUAUAUUUCCAUUUUAGAGAUGAGGAACUGGAGCUCAGAGGGGUCAGGUGACUUGCCUGAGGUCAACCAGCUGGUGGGUGGUGGGGGAGGGAUGUGAGGCUGGUGCCGCUGUGAACUUAACCUCCACAACCUAGAGGCCAGAUGGCCUCCCAGUUCUCUUCAAAUCAGCGUCUACACUCAAAUGAAAGCUAGAUGAGGAGAAAGCACUCUGAGGGUGGAGGAGAAGAGAGCAGACCCAGGCAUAGGGGAAAGGCCAGAUGUUUUGUGGUGGGGAGUCAGACCAGAAGUUUGCAGGGAGCUUUCCGUUCCCGCUCAGCAUUGGGUACCUCACCUGGGAGCAGGUGUCUGCCGAGUUGACCAGGUGUUGUUUGGGAGGAGAGUGAAGAGAGUGUAGUUUGGAAGAUUUUCAGCUGUUGGCAAGGGAGGCUCAGCUUGGUGGACUUGCUGGAAAGACUCACAGUGCUGAUGGAUGAGGCUGAGGAGAUCUUAUUAAAAAAUUCCAUGUCCUCAAAUGCACAAGGGUAAGCAACACAGAGAGUGCCAGGCCAUUAGCUUCCUGGAAAGAGGAGAGGGCUGACUUCUCUGUCUCGUGGCUGCCUUUGCCCAAGAAAGCAUCUUCCAGAUUUACCUUUCAAAUCUUACUCAUAAACCCACCUUUUCCACACCUGGGUAUUUCCUGGUGUCAGGGCCCAGGAAAACGCUAAGGCCCAUUGUUGUGACUUCCUACCAAGUUCUGGGCACUAUAUGGGCUACUGAGGGAAAGAGAACAAGCAGAAGAUAUGGCUGAUUUAUGUAGAGAGAUAAAUGUUGUGAAAACACCACAGGCUGCCCCAAGGCUAUGAGGACUGACUCAAAUGCAGGGUCUCAGGCAAUCCUCCUGUGCCCUUGCACUCCCGUCCCUUAGCCACUAUGGUCCUGUCCCAUAAUGCAGUGCUUGGUUCACAGAUUUGCUCCCUACCACUUAAACUUUCCUUAAAGCUUGCUAUCGUAUAUUCCACAAGCCAGGAUCUCGCCACCAAACAGCCUUCACGGAGUGUGGCCUCUGUGAGUGGUUGAUGGCAACACAACUGGCAAAAAUUUCUGCAGAGUCUAGAAGGGGAAAGAUGACCCCGCAGGAAGUGGGAAGUGGGCGUGAGGAAGAGUGAACUGGGCACCCAGGGGUCUGCCAGGCAAAGGGGGUCCUUCUAGAUUCAGGACUGCUUUCUUCUCCUCAGUGGUUUGGUCGUCACAGAUGUCUUAUAGGUGACUACCCUGGGGAGGAGGAGGCACCUGCUGAGGCAGUACACGUGUUUAUGCAGCUGGGGAGGGAGCUUCCUUCCCUCUGAAUGAAAGCUUGCGAGCUGAGUGGCCAAGGCCAAGGUCCUAUCACAGGUAUGUCUCCUGAGAACUGAGGCUGGGCUCUGGAUCCUUGGGGUCACAGUGAAAUCCCUGGGUUGGGUCACUAGGAGGACCCACAGAGUGUCACCUUUCCCAUGUUCCCUUUAUCAGGGCAAAAUUGUCCUCCAAAUUUUCCAAAUCCAGGAUAAAUGCAGCAAUGAUUCACAAGGCCAGAAGAGGGCAGCAAAACACACUCAAAAUCCCUCUCCCUCAAAGAUAACGCCCCUUAACCCCUCCCCCACCCAGACCCUUACCCCACAGGAAUGCAGGUCUGAUUUCUUCUCUGGAAAUUGAGCCCCUGAGGGUCAGAGAUGCUUUUUUAGUUCCUUGUUUCUCAAAUUUAAUAUUGAGACCUCCCUCAUUUAAAAGUUAAAAGAACAAUUCACAAAUGCUCCCAAUGUGGUCUUAUCAGUUGUAUUUUGUAAUAAUGCUACUCAAAUAUAUACGGCCACAAAAGUAACUAUGAAUUCCUUCUGCUGAUAACCCCCAUGGGAAACAGAAAGAAAAAUUCAAAUUAAAUGAACAAAUCUACAAACAGGUUCACAGUAACCUAUUGAUAGCUGUGAUUCACAAGGUGCUGUGCUGGAGUGGCGGUUGCCUGUGAGUGCAGGACCUUCCUUGCUGUUGUUGCUUGUUGCAUGUAUUUCUCUCCCACCCGUGGUGAGAUGACAUCACUUUUCCACCACUUUCCCAGCCCAGCCCAGUAUGUUGUGAUGUCACGUGGUCUUGACUCCAUCUCAUCAUAUACUUGCACAUCUGUCUGCCUAUCCUUGCUGGUUUGUGACAAUACAGCGUAUUGUUGUUUUCCACUGUAAACACAAAAGCAAAUGCAGACCCUGAAAUGAUUCCAUAAGACUUAGUUUUAGGGUGAUCAGGCAAACAUUCUAGAAAAUGUCUUAAAAAAUUAUCAAAAUAGGGCCUCCCUGGUGGCUCAGCGGUUGAGCGCUGGGUUCCUAAGCUGCCCACAGCCUCUGCAGCGCUGGUUCGAUCCCUGGCCGCCGGGUCCCACAUGGCAUGCAGACCUCUCCUGCCGCCCACUGCUCCCCUCAGCAGUGUAUUUCGUCAGUCUGCCUGUUCUGUUCCCCGCUCUGGCUCUGGUGAAUUCUCUCACCCUCCCGCGCU